GCGGCUCCGGGCGGGCGGAGCGGCAGACGUGCAGGGCGGAGGCGCAGUCUGCACCAUGGCGUACCCCGGGCACCCUGGCGCCGGCGGCGGGUACUACCCAGGCGGGUAUGGAGGGGCUCCUGGAGGGCCUGCAUUCCCCGGACAAACUCAGGAUCCGCUCUAUGGUUACUUCGCUGCUGUGGCUGGACAGGAUGGGCAAAUUGAUGCUGAUGAGCUACAGAGAUGUCUAACACAGUCUGGCAUUGCUGGAGGAUACAAACCUUUUAAUCUGGAGACUUGUCGCCUUAUGGUUUCAAUGUUGGACAGAGAUAUGUCUGGCACCAUGGGAUUCAAUGAAUUUAAAGAGCUCUGGGCUGUGCUGAAUGGCUGGAGACAGCAUUUCAUCAGUUUUGACAGUGAUAGGAGUGGAACAGUGGAUCCCCAGGAGCUCCAGAAGGCCCUGACCACAAUGGGAUUCAGGUUGAACCCCCAAACUGUGAAUUCCAUUGCGAAGCGCUACAGUACCAGUGGGAAGAUCACCUUCGAUGACUACAUCGCCUGCUGCGUCAAGCUGAGGGCCCUCACAGAUAGCUUUCGAAGACGGGAUUCUGCUCAACAAGGGAUGGUGAAUUUCUCAUACGAUGAUUUCAUUCAGUGUGUCAUGACUGUCUGAGUCACGAGGAGGCUGUCUGAAUAUACUCGACAUUGCAGCUGGAGCCCGCCCUUGCUUCCUCCCGGCCCACAAUGCUGUGUGCAGACUCCACCAACACUCCUGCUGAAUGGGAUUAUGGCUUUCUAUACAACUGAAGUUUCAUUUUUAAUUUUGAUAAUAAAUUCUUGAGCUCAAUAAUGUAAGAACAAGUCUGUUGUACCAGUCAGCACCUCCUUGAGCCGUUAUUAACCAUGCCUAUGUUCCUGUCUUUUAUAUAAAUUUCAGUAUGCAAAAUGUUGAAAGCAUUUUAUGUAUUUUCUCUCAACAUAUGAAAUCUUUUAAUCAGACUUGGCUGUUAUCCUUUCUUGCCCUGAGGAAUGUGGUUACCAGUUUUGUGUAGGGUAUUCUUAUAUAAGUGACGUAGAUCCACGGGCUGUGAAACAAACCAGUGCACAUGGUAAGCUACAUACUAGAAUGAGUAUAAGCUUCAGGACUCACCGGGUUUGAAAGCCUUAUGAGUGGACAGAGAUAUUGACUACUGUCCACCUUGUUACAAACCUGUACACAAUUUGAGUGGCACAAAUGCCAUCACCACAUUCUUUGUCAUACAUCAAAUGUUUGUUAACUACGCUUAAAAGUCUUGUAUGUUAUAAGCUUAAAAUUGUCAGAAAAAGGCUAAAGGGAGAUAAGAAUAUAUUAGCUGCUUAUUUUUGACUAGUGGGGUUUUAGAUGAUUUUAAUUUUCUUUAUGUAUUUCCGUAUCUCACACAUUUUUAUAAUGUGUAUGCUUCCGUUUUAAAACGAGAUGUCAGGGAUGGAGGGAUAGCCCGGCAGUUAAGACAUGUGCCACUCUUGCAGAGGCCUCAAGUCCCAGCACCCAUGUUGGGUGCUGAACAACUGCCUCUGGCCUCCAUAGGCGCAUGCACUCAGAUGCACAUGCCCCAAAACAAAUGGAUAUGCACACACAUAAUUAAAAGAAAUAAAAAUAAGUAAAACCAUACAGGAUCAUUUUUAGACAUGUUUAAACAUAAUUUUAAAACAUUGUUGACAUCCAUUUUUAAAUGCCAUGCAUUAUGUAUUUGAACAUACACAAAAAAGGAACUGAAAUGAGUGAAUCAGUCUAGACCACUGGGAGUAGGCUCUCCCUUCCCACUAAAUUUUCAAGUAUUCUAUAAUCAGGUUACACACACACACAUACACACACACACACACACAGUUUUUUCAAAUGUUUAAAUAAUUGGCUUGCUGGCAAUGCCUUGCUAUGUAUGUGGCUUGGUCAUUUUAUGUAAGGACAUGACACUCAGUGUCGCCAUCUUUGAAGAGAACCCUUACCCCAUGGGGUAGUUCUGAGUAUGUGAAAGCAUGUUGAUAUAAAAGCAUCUGUGGUGUUUGUUUCUUACAGUUUAGCUUAAAAUGGUAACAUUUUUCUCGCUAGCAAUGGAUCUGUCUUGUUUCAGGCACAGUGUGAACAUGACCAUUCAAGUGAACGACUAGCUAUCAACUGGUGAAAUAAACAUUUCAUAAGCAUC